CCGCCCUUGCUCAGCAGGCCUCAUAGUAAGGUCUUUUUUUUUUUUCUUCUUCUCUCCUUGAGUGCUUGUGAAGGCUUUUUACUUAGUUCUUAGGGGAAAAUGGGCAUACUUGAGAGUGUUGCAUUUUGGACUCCAGUCAUUAUGAAAGUGGAGUAGUCAUAGAAUGCAAGUCUCCGGUCUGUGCUGAAUUUUAUUUUUAAGAGGGACAAGUGAUGGACAGAGCCCUCUUUCUUUUAGCUUUGAAGGGCCCAUCCUUUGCCCUAUUCAGUCAUCAGGAAGGAGCUGCCUCAGGAAUCCUCUUCCUCUGCUCACAUGAAGAGCUCUAAAGCUAUCCAGCAGGAGGUGCUGCACCAGGAACAAGCCCUUCACACUUUUGAGGGCCUUGCUGCUUGCGACAACUCUACUUAGCUUCAACUAAGCCACAGGAUUAUUAUCACCUUAAAGUUCCAGAAAGAUUUUGACUGAAAAUCAGUGGACACCAUAUGUAGGAAACUGUGGCAGACGUGGUCUCUCCAGUGCAGUUUCCUGAAUCAGCGCCCCACACAACCCAGGAAUGGACCUACACGCCAGGGCGCCAAGGAGAAACUUGUUGGGCGGUGCUCUCUCUGUUGCAGUUGUCUUCUCGGUUCUGUAGCUUGCUGCUUCACCUCACGAUGGGGGCUAGAGAGCUGAAGGAGAGCAAGUUUCCCCCAAAUUGCUGCAGUGAGAAGAGGAGUUGGUUAUUUUAAACGGAGAAACUAGAGAAUUAGCAGAAAGUGGAGACAGUAGAGGAUGGAGUUGCAGACUCUACAGGAGGCUCUUAAAGUGGAAAUUCAGGUUCACCAGAAACUGGUUGCUCAAAUGAAGCAGGACCCACAGAAUGCUGAUCUAAAGAAACAGCUUCAUGAACUCCAAGCCAAAAUCACAGCUUUGAGUGAGAAACAGAAAAGAGUCGUUGAACAGCUCCGGAAGAACCUGAUAGUCAAGCAAGAACAGCCAGACAAGUUCCAAAUACAGCCAUUGCCACAGUCUGAAAACAAACUGCAAACAGCACAGCCGCAACCGCUGCAGCAACUGCAGCCACAGCAGCAGUACCACCACCACCACGCCCCGCAGUCAGCGACGCCCGCUCCCAACUUGACUGCUUCACAGAAGACUGUGACUACAGCUUCUAUGAUCACCACAAAGACACUACCUCUCGUCUUGAAAGCAGCAACUGCGACCAUGCCUGCCUCUGUCGUGGGCCAGAGACCGACCAUCGCCAUGGUGACCGCCAUCAACAGUCAGAAGGCUGUGCUCAGCACUGAUGUGCAGAACACGCCGGUCAACCUCCAGACGUCUAGUAAGGUCACUGGGCCUGGGGCAGAGGCUGUCCAAAUCGUGGCAAAAAACACAGUCACUCUGCAGGUUCAGGCAACACCUCCCCAGCCCAUCAAAGUACCACAGUUUAUCCCCCCUCCCAGACUCACUCCACGCCCAAACUUUCUCCCCCAGGUUCGACCUAAACCUGUGGCCCAGAGUAACAUUCCUAUCGCCCCAGCACCGCCUCCCAUGCUUGCAGCUCCUCAACUUAUCCAGAGACCCGUCAUGCUGACCAAGUUCACCCCCACGACCCUCCCCACGUCCCAGAAUUCCAUCCACCCUGUUCGUGUCGUCAAUGGGCAGACAGCAACCAUAGCCAAAACGUUCCCCAUGGCCCAGCUCACCAGCAUUGUGAUAGCUACUCCAGGGACCAGACUUGCUGGACCUCAAACUGUGCAGCUUAGCAAGCCCAGCCUUGAGAAACAGACCGUGAAGCCCCACACGGAAACCGAUGCAGAGAGCCGAACCGCCACCCCACCUGCUGCGCCCAAACCCAGGCGGGAAGAGAACCCUCAGAAACUUGCCUUCAUGGUGUCUCUGGGGUUGGUAACACAUGACCAUCUAGAAGAAAUCCAAAGCAAGAGGCAAGAGCGAAAAAGAAGAACAACGGCCAACCCCGUGUACAGCGGAGCCGUCUUUGAGCCAGAGCGUAAGAAGAGUGCCGUCACGUACCUGAACAGCACAAUGCAUCCUGGGACCCGGAAGAGAGGUCGUCCUCCAAAAUACAAUGCAGUGCUGGGGUUUGGAGCCCUUACCCCAACAUCCCCCCCAUCCAGUCAUCCUGACUCCCCUGAAAAUGAAAAGACAGAGACCACAUUCACUUUCCCUGCACCUGUCCAGCCUGUGUCCCUGCCCAGCCCCGCCUCCACAGACGGUGACGUCCAUGAGGACUUUUGCAGCGUUUGCAGAAAGAGUGGCCAGUUGCUGAUGUGUGACACGUGUUCCCGUGUGUAUCACCUGGACUGCUUAGACCCUCCUCUGAAAACGAUCCCCAAGGGCAUGUGGAUCUGUCCUAGGUGUCAGGACCAGAUGCUGAAGAAGGAAGAAGCAAUUCCAUGGCCUGGGACUUUAGCAAUUGUUCAUUCCUAUAUCGCCUACAAAGCAGCAAAAGAGGAAGAGAAACAGAAGUUACUUAAAUGGAGUUCAGAUUUAAAACAAGAACGAGAACAACUGGAGCAGAAGGUGAAACAGCUCAGCAGCUCUAUAAGUAAAUGCAUGGAAAUGAAGAACACCAUCCUGGCCAGGCAGAAGGAAAUGCACGGCUCCCUGGAGAAGGUAAAGCAGCUGAUCCGCCUCAUCCAUGGCAUCGACCUCUCCAGACCCGUGGACUCUGAGGCCACUGUGGGGGCCAUCGCCAAUGGCCCGGACUGCACGCCCCCUGCCAAUGCCGCCACGCCGGCGCCCUCGCCCUCCUCCCAGAGCUGCACAGUGAACUGUAACCCCGGGGAAGAGACUAAAUAACAGAGCCCCGCAGGGAGAGGCCGCGGGAUCCCGGCGGCCAGAGGAGCGAUGCUGACGACUAGAGAAGCGAAGCCAGACUUCUUCUGGAAAGUACAGAAUGCUUUUGGCUCUUUGGUUCCAGAGAGAGAGAGAAGAUGCUUGUGCCAGGAGGCACCAGUUUGCCAAUUGAUCCUUCUUAUUCUGUGUGUACAUGCAAAGAUUGGACCAUGUUACAUGAAAUAGUGCCAGCUGGAGGUUCUGUGCCAGCACCAUGCCAAGUGAAAUAAUAUACUUACUCUCUCGAUUAUA